CGCCCAGGCCGACCAGUUUCCUCUUCGGGCACAGAUGAAGUCAUAUCCACAGUCGGCAUUAACAUAAGCUGGCAUAAGCAGGAGGCCUGAAGAUCGCCGCUGACUCGCAGUCAGAUUUUAGUGCGUCAUGUGCCGCGCGCGUCUGUCAUCGCAUUAAAUCGUCUUUGUUUAUUCUCUCUCCUCUCCCCCAUCUCAACCAACUCCAUCAUGUCUCAAUACGAAGAAUGGUUUUCUGCCGUCUCCACAGGCAAAGUCUUCGACUGCAAUCCCCGCGAACUCACCAUCUUUCGAUCCUAUCUCGACGCCAAUCUUUCCCCCGCCGAAGCGGCAGAGCAGCUGACAGCUCCCGCCCCGCCACAAUGGAACUCAUCAUUCACCGGCCGACUGUGGACGAUGAUACUUUUUCUCGCAAAGGACUACGAAGAAGCACACGAUGAUCUAGUCGCUCUGGUCCAGGAAUUCUUCACCGCAGAACCGGGCGACAUUGACUGGGCAGAGGAAAAAAAGACGUAUCUUCCGGAGAGUUGGCGGGCGACAUAUGAUUGUAUGAACCUCCACCAGUUUGCAAGAUGAAGCUGAUUUGAAAGACCUCGCAUCCGACCACAGCGAGAUAGGAAACCUUACCGAUCCCACCAGUGCCCAAUGGGUGAAUU